AUGGAUGGAGUAGGCAGAUAUGCUGUCACUAGUCUCUGUUUUGAUACUCAAGAGUUGUUGUGGGCUGGCAAUCAAGGUGGAUAUGUGGCAUCGUAUGGAGGAAUGAACUUGCAGAAAUAUUCAGCUUUCCGUUCACACAUGACAAAUGAUAUUCGCCAGAUUUUGACAACUGAACAGGGAGUUAUUUCUCUAAAUAGAAACAGUCUACGAUGUUCAAUACGAAGAGGACUUUCUGUGUUCACAUACACUGAUCCCCAGAUGUUAGAUAUGCAGUGUAUGAUAAGAACGUCACCUACGUCACUGUUAGUUGGAGGACAUCAGAAGAAAGCUUUUGAACUAGAUCUGAAUAAAGUACAGCUGAUAAAUGAGUUUGAAAUGAAUGAUCCAGGUUGUGCUAUUUUAAGACAGAAUAGUAAAUACUUGUUUGCAGGAGACACGAGUGGAAAGGUAACCCUAUAUGAUGUCAAGACUAUGAAAGCAGAACAUGUAUUAGAUGCUCAUUCUGGUACUCUCUCAGAUUUUGAUGUUCAGGGGAAUCUUAUUAUUACUUGUGGAUUUGGAAAUCGGAUGGGUGCUAUGACAGCUGAUAGAAUAUUAAUGGUCUAUGAUAUGAGAGUUAUGAGAGCUGUAGCUCCUAUACAGAUAGCUAUUGAUCCUAUGUUUCUUAGAUUUGUCUCAGCCUAUUCCAAUAGACUUGCUGUUGUCUCUCAGAAUGGAAGUUUUCAAGUGAUAGAAACUACUGCUAUGAAGCCACCAAAUAUGAUGUUAUAUCAAGUUAAUAGUCAUGGAGCAGCCAUUAUGAGUUUUGAUAUUUCAUCAUCAUGUCAAUCACUGGCUUUUGGUGACAGCUCAAGCUAUGUCCAUUUAUUUAGUACUGGUGAACAUCCUUGUUUUAAUUUUAAUCCUGAAUCUACCGAAUUUACUGAUCAUGUAGAACAUAUUGAUCCUAUACAUAUUAUGGAUGAAAGAACCCCAUAUUCUAUUAUUCCUAUGAUGUAUCCCUCUAAUGGUCAUUUAUUAUCUGACUGGCCCCACCAUUUAACUCAACAAGUUUAUAGGAAACCUAAGCCAAUAGAUCUUGAAAUAUUACGUACAAUGAAGAUUUAUCACAAUGCAGGGUAUGCACCCAACCCGGGUAAAGAACGUCGAAAUCAAGUACCAUAUAAACUCAAUAAAGAUAAAAAAUCUAACAAUUCCAGUGUCCCUGAAUCUCCACUGGGCAGAGGUGAAGAUGCCUUUGUCUUGGUACCAAGAACUUAUAAGAAAUUGGAGAUGAAAUAUUCAAAGCUAGGCCUAGCUGAUUUUGACUUCCGACAUUAUAAUAAAACGAAAUUCGCUGGUUUAGAAACACAUAUACCUAAUGCUUAUUGUAAUGCCAUGUUACAGGUAUGUUCUUAUCAAAAUUAUACCCAACUUUUCGUUCCAAACUUUUUGCUUCAUUUUUAUACGCCCAUACGAAUAUGUGGUCGUAUAUUUCAUCUAUGUCAGAAAGAAUUCUGUUUGGCUUGUGAACUGGGUUUCCUGUUCCAUAUGUUAGAUAGUCAAGAUGGACAGACUUGUCAGGCCAGUAAUUUCUUACGAGCAUUCCGGACCAAGCCAGAGUUAGCCUUAUUAGGAUUGGUACUUAGUGAAGCAGAUGAAACAGCUGGCAGAGCUAAUCUCACUAGAUUAAUACAGAGCUGGCAGAGAUUUGUUCAUCAACAGAUACAUUCGGAUGAAUUAAAAGAGAAAGAAAAGGAGGAAAGUGACGCUACAGAAAGUAAUGGUGAUGAAAAGUUAGUUGUUUUUAAAACAUCCAUUAUAACUGAUUUAUUUGGUACCACGACAACCACGACGCUGACUUGUAGAUGUGGAGUGGAAACUACGAGAGAUGUAGAUACAACUUUAACUAAUCUAUCAUACCCUGACUGUAACCCAUCAGUGUCGUAUACAUUAGCUGAUGUAUUAAAAUAUAGCUGGAUGUCAGAGACUAUGAUACAGGCGUGGUGUAAUGAUUGUAAUAGGUAUCAACCACAUGUUCAAAAGAAAACAUUAAAGAAUAUACCAGAUGUUAUAGCUCUAAACUGUCAGAUGGAAAAUAAACGGGACUUUCACUUCUGGAGAACUCAAAUAAAGACAGAAUUCAAAAUGGUGGAGAAGGAAAUAGAUGGGAAAAUUUUCAAUGUGACAUAUGAGCUUCCGACCAUUCGAUUGAGGCCAGAAUUGGAACAGACAGAAUCUGUUCAGAACCCGCCUAUCGAGCGCCAAUCAUUCAGCUGGAUACCACUAGGUCUAAAAAUAACACUAGAUGAUAAAUCUAAUUUAGAUAUAGAACAGAUAUCAGAUGAGGAGACCUUGCCUAAAAAGCUUGCAGAUUUUACUAAAUACUAUGAACUGCUAGCAAUAGUAUCUCAUAUCAAAGAUGACCAGACAGGUGGCAAUUUAGUCAGUCAUAUUAAAGUUGCGGAGCCUUAUCAUUUACGUAAAGAGAGAGUGCCCUGUACUCAGUGGUAUCAUAUUAAUGAUUUCUGUAUUGAACCAGUGGAAAGGCCUGAAGUUACAUCGAUGAAUUUAGAUUGGAAGAUACCCUGUAUUUUAUAUUUUAUACGUAGAAAUAUUACAGAUUAUCAUCCUUGUAAAGUUGUGAAUCCCAUCAGUUCAGAAGUAUUGUUCAAUGAUCCAGGGCUAGCUAAUGCUGAAAGACGUAAAAUCACCUUCACACCUCUACAGAAAGAUCAGUUACCAAAGAAAGGAGAUUUAGUUGGGUUGGAUGCUGAAUUUAUUUCUUUGAAAGAGGAAGAAGCAGAAUUAAGGAGUGAUGGUACCAAAUCAACCAUUAAACCAUCCCAUAUGUCAGUGGCUAGAAUUACUUGUAUACAUGGUCAAGGUGAUCUACAGAGUGAACCAUUUAUAGAUGAUUAUAUACAGAAUUCUGAACAGGUAGUGGAUUACCUAACACAGUAUUCAGGUAUCAAACAAGGUGACCUUGACCCUUCUGUUUCCACCAAACAUCUGACGACACUAAAGGCUACGUAUCAGAAACUGCGAUAUCUAAUUGAUGCUGGCGUAGUGUUUAUAGGACAUGGUUUAAAGAAAGACUUUAGAGUUAUUAACCUUCAUGUACCAAAGAAUCAAGUAAUAGAUACAGUCCAGUUAUUUCAUCUUCCUAGACAGAGAAUGAUCUCUUUAAAAUUCUUAGCUUCUUAUUUUCUUAAAUUGAAUAUCCAGUCCUUUACCCAUGAUUCAGUAGAAGACGCGAGAACAGCUUUACGAUUGUAUCUGAAAUACCAAGAGAUAGCGGAGGACAGUAAAGAAAAGGUGCAGGCCACCAUUAAAGAGAUGUAUGAAAUUGGAAGAAAAACUCAGUGGAAAAUUCCUGAUAUUGAAGAUGAUGUUGUAGGGGGUUCACUCCCCUUUCUGUAA